ACUCCGGGGAAGUUGGCCUGGGCUUCCUGCGCGGGGUGUGACUGCGGCUGCCGGGCCCCCCCUGCCACAUCCCUCCCCGCAUCCCCUCGCCCCAUCCCUUCUCGCAUCCCCUCCUCUCCCCCCGUUUUCGUGCCGAUUCGUACGGAACCGGUGGAUCAAGUUUUUCUAUCUUUCCUUUCUCUCCUCUCUCUCUCUGGUUAAUCGCAUUGCUUUAGCACCGACUGACCUCCCUCCCUCUCCCUCUCUCUCCCCCUCUUUUUUUUUUUUUUUGUUCUUCAUCUUCCUUCAAAGUAUGUGCCAUUCUUGAGAGAGUUUCCCCGCCGGCUCAUCCCCGGGGCUGCCUGGCUCCGCAUGCCCCACCUUGUGUGCCUGCCUACCUGGACUAGGGGGAAGAUAAGCACCGCACUUUGACUAUGGAAGCAGAAGCUGCUGAUGGAUAUAUAACAUGUGACAAUGAGCUUUCGCCCGAAAGGGAGCACUCCGGCAUGGCCAUUGACCUCACCUCCAGCACACCCAACGGGCAGCAUACCUCCCCCAGUCACAUGGCAAGCACAAAUUCAGUAAAGCUAGAAAUGCAAAGUGAUGAGGAGUGUGACAGGAAGCCCCUGAGUCAGGAAGAUGAGAUCAGGGCUCAUGAUGAAGGAAGCAGCCUGGAAGAGCCCCUCACUGAGAGUAACGAGAUGGCGGAUAACAGAAAGAUCCAGGAGUUAACGAGCGAGGGAGGAAUCCGUCUUCCGAAUGGUAAACUGAAAUGUGACGUCUGUGGCAUGGUUUGCAUUGGGCCCAAUGUGCUAAUGGUACAUAAAAGGAGCCACACUGGUGAACGUCCCUUCCACUGUAACCAAUGUGGUGCCUCUUUUACCCAGAAGGGGAACCUGCUGAGGCACAUCAAGUUGCACUCUGGGGAGAAACCGUUCAAAUGUCCCUUCUGCAGCUAUGCCUGCCGACGGAGGGACGCCCUCACAGGACACCUCAGGACGCACUCUGUGGGGAAGCCUCACAAGUGCAACUACUGCGGCCGGAGCUACAAGCAGCGCAGUUCGCUGGAGGAGCACAAGGAACGCUGCCACAACUAUCUGCAGAAUGUCAGUAUGGAGGCUGCCGGGCAGGUCAUGAGUCACCAUGUACCUCCUAUGGAAGAUUGUAAGGAACAAGAGCCUGUGAUGGACAACAAUAUUUCUCUGGUGCCUUUUGAGAGACCUGCUGUUAUAGAGAAGCUGACAAGCAACAUGGGAAAGCGUAAAAGCUCCACCCCACAGAAGUUUGUGGGUGAAAAGCUCAUGAGAUUUGGCUAUCCAGAUAUUCCCUUUGACAUGAACCUCACCUAUGAGAAGGAGGCUGAGCUGAUGCAGUCUCACAUGAUGGACCAAGCCAUCAACAAUGCAAUCACCUACCUUGGAGCUGAGGCACUUCACCCUCUGAUGCAGCACACACCAAGCACAAUUGCAGAGGUGGCCCCAGUCAUCAGCUCAGCUUACGCUCAGGUCUAUCAUCCAAACAGGAUAGAAAGGCCCAUUAGCAGGGAAACGGCUGACAGUCACGAGAACAACAUGGAUGGCCCGAUCUCCCUCAUCAGACCAAAGAGUCGAACCCAGGAUAGAGAGGGCUCCCCCAGCAAUAGCUGCCUGGAUUCUACUGACUCAGAGAGCAGCCAUGAAGACCGCCAGUCCUACCAAGGAAACUCUGCCUUAAAUCCCAAGAGAAAGCCAAGCCCGGCUUAUAUGAAGGAGGACGCCAAGGCUCUGGAUGCCACAAAAGCUCCUAAGGGCUCUUUAAAGGAUAUCUACAAGGUCAUCAAUGGAGAAGGGGAGCAGAUUAGGGCUUUCAAGUGCGAGCAUUGUCGCGUCCUUUUCCUGGACCAUGUCAUGUACACCAUCCACAUGGGCUGCCAUGGCUACCGGGACCCGCUAGAGUGCAACAUCUGUGGCUACCGAAGCCAGGACCGCUAUGAGUUCUCGUCACACAUAGUCCGAGGGGAGCACACAUUCCACUAGGCCUUCUCAUCCAAAGGGGACUCGUAUGAAGUAGAAGAACUGCACAUGAAGAAAUACUGCACUUACAAUCCCACUUUUCCUCGGACAUUGAGACACCUAUUUUGUUGUUGUUGCUGUUGUUGUUGGUGUUGUUUAAUUAUUAUUAACCUUAUUUUUUGUAGACCCAACCUCAUUUGCUCUGCCCAGCUUAAGAAUGGAAAGAAGGAAGGGAAGGGAUAAAAGAGGGGUUAGUUGUUGCCAUCACUUUUUGGUGAGUGACCUGCAUCACUUUCUGUGGGAAAUGAAAGGCAGUCUGUUUCUGUCUUAAUCAGCUGUACGUUGUGUCCUGUGUCGGGAUCUCACUCAACCCUGCUAGGUGCUUUAAAGUCCCAACAAGAUGCCACUCAUUUGCAAUUUCAGACAAAUAGGUAGAAACUUUUCAGAGGAGAGCUUUUUUCAAACUUGUAGAUACAGUAUGGAGUUUCAGUGGCUGGAGGAGAAGGGAGGAACUUUAUUCUGCAGAAUGAACAAUUAUUUUUAAAGCAAAACUCUUAGGGUUUUAGGAGCAUGAAUAAAAGUCAAUAUUCCUUUCAAGAU